GAUCAUAUCGUUAUAUGGUUAAUGUAUAGCUGAAUCUAGAUAAUCCCACUACAUCUCAGCUAUGCUGUGUGUUCUAACAGUGGUAGUGAUAGCUCUACAAGUACAUUACAUAAGAACAGAUUCAAGUACGGCGGCAAACAGCACUGUAGUGAACAGUACGGCGGAGGUCUUUACCGUGACAGACAACACGGCGGAGGCCUUUACCGUGGCGGACAACACCGCGGAGGCCUUUACCGUGGCGGACAACACCGCGGAGGCCUUUACCGUGGCGGACAACACCGCGGAGGCCUUUACCGUGGCGGACAACACCGCGGAGGCCUUUACUGCGGCGGACAACACGGCGGAGGCCUUUACCGUGGCGGACAACACGGCGGAGGCCUUUACCGUGGCGGACAUUACGGCAGAUGACACUUCAGCAUUGGACAUUGUGGCAGAGGUCACUAAAGCAGUGGACAGUUAUUCGGAUGACAGUAUGGCUGAGGACGCUACGUCAGCUGUUUUAACGCUUAUCAAAACUGACAAAACAACGGAGCUCACUUCAGUGGAGGACACCUUUACAGGAUCUGAGAAAACUUUAGACGUCACUACGUCGGAGGACACCGGGGAGGUCACCAAGGCGGCGGUAACAACGGCGGAGGUCACUAUGCCGAAAGACAAUCCAGCGACUUCGGCUGCAGAGGUUACUUCGGCCGCGGGUGUCACCACGGCUAGGGAGGUCUUUACGACUGCGGAUGCCACUACGGCCGCGGGUGAAACUACGGCUGCGGAGGUCACUAUGCCGGAGGUUAAUACGGUUGCGGAGGUCACUACGGCUGCAGAGGUCACUACAGCUCCGGAGGUCACUGCGCCGGAGGUUAAUACGACCGCGGAGGUCACUACGGCUGCAGAGGUCACUACAGCUGCGGAGGUCACUAAGCCGGAGGUUAAUACGACCGCGGAGGUCACUACGGCUGCAGAGGUCACUACAGCUCCGGAGGUCACUAAGCCGGAGGUUAAUACGACCGCGGAGGUCACUACGGAUGCAGAGGUCACUACAGCUCCGGAGGUCACUAAGCCGGAGGUUAAUACGACCGCGGAGGUCACUACGGCUGCAGAGGUCACUACAGCUCCGGAGGUCACUAAGCCGGAGAUUAAUACGACCGCGGAGGUCACUAAGCCGGAGGUUAAUACGACCGCGGAGGUCACUACGGCUGCAGAGGUCACUACAGCUGCGGAGAUCACUAAGCCGGAGGUUAAUAUGACCGCGGAGGUCACUACGGCUGCAGAAGUCACUACAGCUGCGGAGGUCACUAAGCCGGAGUUUAAUACGACCGCGGAAGUCACCACAGCUGCGGAGGUCACUAUGCCGGAGGUUAAUACGACCGCGGAGGUCACUACUGUCGCGGAGGUCACUACGGCUGCAGAGGUCACUACAGCUGCGGAGAUCACUAAGCCGGAGGUUAAUAUGACCGCGGAGGUCACUACGGCUGCAGAAGUCACUACAGCUGCGGAGGUCACUAAGCCGGAGUUUAAUACGACCGCGGAAGUCACCACAGCUGCGGAGGUCACUAUGCCGGAGGUUAAUACGACCGCGGAGGUCACUACUGUCGCGGAGGUCACUACGGCUGCAGAGGUCACUACAGCUCCGGAAGUCACUAAGCCGCAGGUUAAUACGACCGCGGAGGUCACUACGGCUGCAGAGGUCACUACAGCUCCGGGAGUCACUAAGCCGGAGGUUAAUACGACCGCGGAGGUCACUACGGCUGCAGAGGUCACUACAGCUCCGGAGGUCAGUACAGCUGCGGAGGUCACUAAGCCGGAGAUUAAUACGACCGCGGAGGUCACUACGGCUGCAGAGGUUAAUACGACCGCGGAAGUCACUAAGCCGGAGGUUAAUACGACCGCGGAGGUCACUACGGCUGCAGAGGUCACUACAGCUGCGGAUGUCACUAAGCCAGAGAUUAAUACGACCGCAGAGGUCACUACGGCUGCAGAGGUCACUACAGCUGCGGAGGUCACUAAGCCGGAGGUUAAUAUGACCGCGGAGGUCACUACGGCUGCAGAGGUCACUACAGCUGCGGAGGUCACUAAGCCGGAGUUUAAUACGACCGCGGAAGUCACCACAGCUUCGGAGGUCACUAUGCCGGAGGUUGAUACGACCGCGGAGGUCACUACUGUCGCGGAAGUCACUACGGCUGCUGAGGUCACUAGGCCGGAGGUUAAUACGACCGCGGAGGUCACUACUGUCGCGGAAGUCACUACGGCUGCAGAGGUUACUACGGUCGCGGGGGUCACUACGGCAGAAGUUGAUACGGUAGUGAUGUUUACUACCACCAAUGAGGUGACUACGACCGCAGAAAUAAUUACGACCGAGAAGGUCACUACGGCUGCAGAGGUGGUUACUUCACCGAAGGUUACUACGGCAAAUAUCACUAUAGCAGAGGAAAAUAAGGAGAUCAAUACGACCUACUUCACAAUGUGGGACUCAGAAGAGCAAAAGAUGUUGCAUACCGGAACUGGUGUUCUACUGGCAGUUCAAGAUUCCAACUCGACAUACCUCAUCUGCAAGACAGACGACACUCCAUCCUUGGAGACGGCUAACGCUAUCUGCCGACACGUAAAGCCUGGUUACCAUCGAGCUGCCUGGAUCGGGUAUGUAGGUCGGCUAGAUCUGAGAGGGUACAACGCUACUCCAACCUUCUGGGGGAACAAGACGAGAUAUCCGGAUAUGGUCACCAAUCUGGAGUGUGACGAUGGGAACUCAAAAACGAACAAACUGAACUGCUCUUAUGAAAUAAGCGGAGAAUAUUGCAAGGCCAGUUCCACAAAUUAUACGAUAGUAUCUAAAAAAGAUACCUCAAUGUCUAAAAGAAGUCUGAUACCUUCAAACUACUACGCCACAGCCCUCUCCUGCUACUGCAACGCUGGAUAUGCAAUGAGAGAAGACGGCUGUAAGAAAUGUCCCCCAUACAGCUCCAACAACGGAACUGCUGACCGCUGCAGCUGUGACAUCGGCUACCAACUCCACUACAACCUGAACCGUGAGUGGGCGUGCAGGAAGUGCUGGGUGGAUACAUACGGAGGAGGAGGGUUGAACCAAACAUGCACAUCAUGUCCGGAAGGAAGCAGCACUGGUAGCAGAACAGCUGCAAUAAGUUCUGAAUGGUGCUGUGAUACGGUGAAGGAUCUGGAGAUUUUUGGGAAGUGUGUCAGUAAGUUCUUCCUGGGGUGUUAUAUAACAGCGGGGUUGGCGGUGAUUGUAACUGUUAUAGCUUGUUGUGUUUUGUAUCAUGUGAAGAGGGGUGCUAAGACGAGAAGGCAAGUGGAGCAGGAAAGUACGGUGAUGGUUAACCCAGAUAUUGAAUCUCAUGAUGUCUGA